AUGGUGCUAGGUGUGGCGAGUGUGGAGGGCGAGGAAGCUCUUCGAAUCCAGAUUUGUCUCACAGCAGCCUUUGCAAGUCGAGAGGUGAGAAGGGGCAUUGCCAUGAACCCUUCGUAUCCAUCAAACACACCGGCAUCCUUCUCCCACCCUACAAUUUCCUUCUUCCAACCCACCAGCAUCCCUCUCCCACCCCACCAGCAUCCUUCUCCCACCCCACCAGCAUCCUUUUCCACCCCACCAGCAUCCUUCUCCCAUCCUACCUGCAUCCUUCUCCCACCACCAUCCUUCUCCCACCCCUCCAGCAUCCUUCCCCACCCCCAACCCCACCAGCAUCCUUCUUCCACCCCACCCCCACCAGCAUCCUUCUCCCUUCCCGUCACCCACACGGCACGAGGACUGUGGAACAAGCAUCCUCUCCGUUUCACUUCCAUCAACCCCUUCCCAAUUUCUGUCCCGACCAGCAUACUUCCCCCACCCCAAACAACCUACCCAGCGUGUAACAGUACCUUGAGUCUCAUCACUCGACGUGUGUCAGGGGACUCGGGUAGCGGAGAAGGGGAGAUGCUGGGCGUUGAUAGCCGUGGAACAUCACCCUUCCACGCGACAGAGGCUGGGAUGGUGGACGAUGACUGGUGGAUGGUUGGUAGCCAAGUGGAAGAAGAAGAAGAAAAAGGAGAAGGAGAAGAAGAAGAGAAAGAAAGAGGAGGAGAAGAAAAAGGAGUAGGAGAGAAAGGAGGAGGAGAAAAAGAAGAAGAGAAAGGAGGAAAAGAGGGAAAGGAGAAGAGAAAGAAGGAGGGGAGAAGAGAAAGGAGAAGAGAAAGAAGGAGGGGAGAAGAGAAAGGAGAAGAGAAAGAAGGAGGAGAAGAAGAAGAGAAGUACAUUUGUAUUGUGCAAAAUUCCAUUCACAGGUGGUUCUUAUAG